AUGAAUUCAUUCCUGCAAGCACUAUAUCAAAUGAAGGAGUUUAGAGAAGAUUUAAUAGAGUUAGAAAGUAAAGUAUAAGAAAAGAAUUAAAAGCUGCUUGAUAAAGUUAAACUUAGUCUCUAUCAAUUGCAAAGAUUGUUUGCUUAACUUUAUGGAAGUGCCAGGCCAGUGAUUGCACCUAAUUAACUUAGAGUGUCUCUGCCAGAUUUUUUCAAAAACUGGGAAUAGCAUGAUAGUUCAGAGUUUGCUAAAUUGCUAUUGGAUAAAAUAGAGAAUGAGUUGAAGUAGUGUGAAGCUGAAAAUUUAAUUGGCAAAUACAUUGAAGGAAUUAAGGUUAAUUACCUUAAAUGCUUGACAUGCAAUUUUAUCAAAGAAUAAAAAGAGAAUUUCAUAGACAUUGGAGUAAAUCUUGAUAAGGAUCAAUCAGCCCAUAUGGAAGUAAAGAAUAUAAAAGCCCUAAUAAAUGAAUCACUUGGAGAGGAAGUAUUUGAGGGAGAUAACCAAUAUUACUGCGACAACUGCUAAGCAAAAGUAGAAAAAGCCAUAAAAUACUCUAAAAUUGAAAGGCUACCUGAAUAUCUUAUUGUAACUAUUUACAGAUUCCAAUUUGAAAUGAAAUCUCUAACCAAGAUCAAAUUGCUUAAUCCUUGUGAAGUCCUCCAAUAAAUAUCUUUUGAUAAAGAAUAAAUGAGUGAUUAAGAUUCACCUGAUUGUGAUACGUUUUAAACAUACGAAUUAUAAUCAGUUAUUAUUCAUUCAUGGAGGAUAUUUAAUGAUGCAAGUGUCACUUAGAUUAAAGAUAUUUCUUAUCUUUCAACCAUAUAAAAGUAAGCUAUUAACAAAUACAAAUUAAACUAUGAUAGGAAUUUCCCGAAUGAUACUCCAUAUAUGGCUAUUUACAAGCGAAGGGGCUAGAAUGUUGAAAUGAAAAAUGAUUUUCAGGUUAGUAAAGCUGACUAGGAAGAAGUGAAGCAAGAAUCCAUCAUUAAAUAAGAAUUUAAGCUGCCAUAAAAUCUUCAAGAGUUUAUAGACAAAGACAAUAAAGCUUACAUUGAAGAAGAGAAGAACAAAAAGAAUCAGAAAGCCUUCAACUAUCAAUUGUUAUAGGAACUAUAGAGAAGUUUGUCAUCCAUUCAAAACUCGAAAGAGAUAGAUGAUUAUAAUAAAAAGUGGAAUGGAGGAGGAGGCGGCUUUGGAGGUCCAUCUAUGGGUGCUGGUGGAUUUUUUGGAGGAAGUGGGUUUAUCAGUUGA